CCUGGGACUGCCAUCUCGUGGCCACAUUCUGACUUCACACAGCCUCACAGCUUGUCAGGGUAGGUGAGAAUGAAUGGGAAUUUGCUAUGAACUGGCUAGUUGAGCAGGGCCUAGAUCCUUGUUCACUAAGGCAGCCUUGGAGAGGCUCAUCAAAGUAGGACUCAGCUGCCAUCCCCUGUGACCCAGCAUGACUGUCACUGACUAGGCACAGAACUCAGGCUAGCUGCGGCUGUCAACCUGCCACUAGAGAUUCUGUACUUCUCAGGCCUCUUCCAGUCUCAGGGUCACAGACGUUGGCUCACUCUCGCUAAUGGUUGCCCGAGGUCUGGGCACUGGGCCAUCACUCACCCUCCAGCCAGGGUUAAACAUUAGUGGGAGGUUAUCGGGUUUGGAAAGGGGGUGGGGAGUCUCACUUGCAACAGUCUCCUGCGGGCCUGCUUGGAGUAUCAGUUCCCACCGGAGCCCAUAACAUGCCUGUGGAAGAAUUUGUGGCUGGCUGGAUCUCUGGAGCCGUGGGCCUGGUCCUGGGGCACCCAUUUGACACUGUAAAGGUGCGGUUACAGACCCAAAACACGUACCAGGGCAUUGUGGACUGCGUAGUCAAGACGUACCGCCAUGAGUCAGUCCUGGGCUUCUUCAAGGGAAUGAGCUUCCCCAUUGCCAGUGUAGCCCUGGUCAACUCCGUCCUGUUCGGAGUGUACAGCAAUACCCUGCUGGCGCUAACAGACACCUCCCAUCAGGAUCGACGGGCCCAGCCACCCAGCUACACAAACAUCUUCAUAGCAGGUUGUACUGGAGGCCUCCUGCAGGCCUACUGCCUGGCUCCUUUCGACCUCAUCAAAGUCCGUCUACAAAACCAGACAGAGCCAAGGAUGCAGAUAGGGAGUUCUAUGCCCCGGUACCGGGGGCCUGUGCACUGUGCAGCCUCCAUCUUGAGAGAAGAAGGACCCCAGGGACUGUUCAGAGGAUCCUGGGCCCUGGUGCUGAGAGACACUCCUACACUGGGAAUGUACUUUGUCACCUAUGAAGGACUAUGUCGCCAGUACACACCAGAAGGCCAGAAUCCCAGUUCAGCCACAGUUCUGGUGGCAGGGGGUUUUGCAGGCAUAGCCUCCUGGAUCACAGCCACCCCUUUUGAUGUGAUCAAGUCCCGGAUGCAGAUGGAUGGGCUGAAGGGGAGGAAGUACGGAGGGAUGCUGGACUGUAUGGCAAGCAGCUUCCGACAGGAGGGAAUAGGAGUCUUUUUCAAGGGCAUGACACUCAAUAGUGCCCGUGCCUUUCCUGUCAAUGCUGCCACCUUCCUUAGCUAUGAAUACCUGCUGCGCUUGUGGAGAUGAGCCUGGCCAGAUGAUGCUGGCAACUCCACAGUAGAAUCAUGGCUGAUAGCAGCUUGGAAAACCAGGCUAAAGCACCCAGCUUUCAGGUGCAAAGCAAGAGGCACCUUGUAUCAUCCAGAGAGUUAAGGUGCAAGAAACCAAUGAACAAGAAACCCUGUACAGACUCCAAGACACACCCCACCUCUAGUCCACCUCACCAGACCGCUUCUGUCCAGGAAGCAGGGUCACAAAGUACAUAAACAUCACCUAGGCCACCAUGCCAUAGCUGCCCCUAUGAAGGAGCACUCAGGGACCAGACACUGUCCCGGCAUCACCCAGCCCUUGAGUUCAAACCACUCCCUGGACAGGAGAAUGACUUUUGUCUUCAUGUCCAGAAUCCUUCAGGGGUUUCCAUUACCUUCAGGGAAACUCAGGUCCCAGGCUCCUGGCUGCCCCACUAGGUGGCCUUCUCUUGGUUACUUCCUGAGGUGGGCCCUCAUGUCCCAGGAGUGCCGUGGGUGGUGUAAUUGUCCUCCAGUGGCCCACUCUCCUCAAGAUCCAGGCAGAGCUCUUUAUCUAGGGGUCCUUCUAGCCCCAUCUGUGCUGACUAUGGGGUACCCAAGCACCCCAGCCUACCUCAGUCAUACCUCUGUGUGCAGUGCUUCACAUAGUUAGGUUUUUUGUUUUUGUUUUUUCCAGACAGGGUUUCUCUGUGUAGCCCUAGCUGUCCUGGAACUCAAUCCAUAGACCAGGCUGGCCUUGAACUCAGAAAUCCGCCUGCCUCUGCCUCCCAAGUGCUGGAAUUAAAGGCGUGCACCACCACCGCCCCGCUUUCUUGCUCCUUUGAGUUGUUAGUCUGUGCAAGUCUUGUGGUCAAGGCUGUACUUCUGUCUCUUGAACGGAUACAUUCAAUAAAGUUUCAUUUGAUGCAGUA